AUGGGUGUGUGUGAGGGUGGAGGUGGAGAACCAGGAUACCUCGGCUGUUACAUAGAUGAAAACCAGUCUGGAUACGGAAGAACUCGCUUGCUUUCCGAUGGUCCCCGAUACUAUUAUGAUAUUCUGACAAUUGACCUCUGCAUCAAAGUAUGUAAAAGGGAAGGAAACUUUUACGCAGGUGUAGAGUUUGCUAAAGAAUGUUUCUGUGGUGUGCAAGAUGAAAACAUUACUCGAGAUGGAAAAGUUCGGGAUCACGAUUGUAAUUAUGUUUGUGAUGGAGAUUCCCUUGAAUCAUGUGGAGGCUCAGACUUAAUCUCCAUUUACCAAGUCGAUCUCGGUUUUUGCGAAGACCCCGGUACCCCUUUAAACGGAUUCCGACAUAACGAAACGGAUCUUAUCCGAUAUGGUAGCAAAGUAUACUUCAACUGCUCCGAAGGAUUUGAUCUACAAGGACCCAAUGUUAUCCAAUGUGUUCAGAGGUAUGGUCGUAGGAGCGAAAGUCAUCCCAAUAGUACACAUGACGUUGUCUGGGAUCAUGAACCUCCAACAUGUAGACCAACGGGUUUUAUUUCAACUUCACCCCCUCUUCUGACAACCAAAGUAAGAGGACAAACCAACCUAAUUCCAUCGACCACAACAUAUGGCAUGAAGCUGACCGAGAAUCAAGAAGGUAUCAUCUAUAUUAGUGUUGGCACUGCCUUCUGUCUCUUAAUCAUUGUCUUUGUCAUUGGAGUGGUCUUUCUUUGCAGAAGACAUAAUAGAAAAACCCACAACCCAGUUCGCCCGGUUACUGAAAGCACGUGUGCGUCUAGUCACCAUGGCAACGGGGCAGGUAGUCCUCUGAUGUCGAGGGCAGAUGGAGAGCAUGACUUUGCACUAACCGAACUAACCAGCCACCCGGAAACCGCUGGAGAAAACGAUUACGGCGAGAGCAUCGAACUGCGAACUCCAAUGCGCACCGAAAUGCCGGAUAGACCGGGGAUUUCAAGAGAUGCAUUCGGGUACGAAUCGAUUCGGUUACCGUCCACGGACGACGCAUCAGCCGGUUUGCCGGGUAUAACGGAUGCAGUGACCGCGAACGAAGCGGCUUACGAGAACUCGGAGUUCCACGAAGAUCCGACUCAUCUGAUCGAUAAUGAACUGUAUGGCAAAACUUUCCUCUGAUGUCAUAAACUUAAUUACUGGAAGAAAAAAACCCGCAUCAUGAUAUGAGAGGCCGAUCUGUCUGUGGGGCGUAAUUUAAAUAGCUAACUAUAAUGUAGUCAAAUAUCAAUAAUAACGUAAUAAUAUCAGUUAACAGUACUAUAUAUCUUUUAAAUAGAUGUUAAUAUGCAACAAAGCUAAUAUAUGCAACAUACAAUCAAGCCUGUGACAUUUUUGUGAAUGCAACAGUAAUCAGAUUAUCCAGCUUCGGUUCCAUGACAUUUGCUCCGGCGACAAUUUCUCCGAUGGAAAAUCACCACAUUAAUCCGAACACAAUACCCAACUUCCAAAACUAAAUACUGUUAUUUUUACAUUAUUCUAAACCAAAAGCUCUAUUUUUCAAUUCUAACUCUAACCCUAUGCUUUCUGAGAUAUUAAGACCGGAGCAAAUGGCGCAGGAGCAAAAGUCGUGUCACCCCGACCUCAAGAGUAUGAACCGGCAGCAUUGUAAGGCGGCAUCACAAGUUCCCAAACUACGAGAAUCCAAUAUUCUGAACACUUAGUGUUUUAACAUAUAGGCUCACUUUACACAUAUUCACUACUCAAUAUACCGAAAUAGUUAUUAAUUAUUUAUAGGGCCUACUUUUAAUCCCUCUGCACAUGAUUUUUCAUACAUUCACGCGAUAAAAUGCGCAAUGAGCAGAAACACACCGAAAAACUACGAUUAUCGGCAGAAUAAAUAUUUUAUAGGACGAUUGAAAACUUGAAGAUCAUUUGUAAGCAAAGCCAUCGUCGUGCGACCACGAUUACGGUACAUGUAUGUUUUCGAUAUAGUUACAACAUGCAAUGCAUAAAGAUUUUCAUCUCUUCAGAAUUUAAAAAGAAAACUGUUUACAAUAUAGACUAUAAAUAUCUACUGCUUUGUCAUGAACUAAAAGAGCAAACCGUACAAGUUUGUCUUUGAAAUGGGUAUACACCCUCAACUGCUCAAUUUAAACCCAUGGGGUAAGAAUCAAAUAUCAAACGCAUUGCUUUUCAGAAAAGAAUGCGAACAGAGCUCUUGACAUUUAUAUCAAACAUUGUUACUUGUUUGAUUUUCGAUUUGAUAUAUACGGCCAUCUGCUUAAGACACUAAUACAAAAAUUUAAACUGCACUUGGUUUAUCACUUAAAAUUGCAAUGCAUACUCUGCAAAAAAUACCCUUUAGGCUAGCGCUAGCUAUAUAACACUUGAAAGUCAUAUUACUAUUAAUGCAGUUAGCAAUUCAUUUUUUUAAAUAUUUAUUUUGGAGAGAUUCACUUAAACAUAUACUUGCGAUUAUUGGAUUGUGUCAUUAAAAAUGAAUGUUUAAUGCAUGUUCCUCCUCUAAAUACAUUUCAGCAGAGCGAUUCAUGAUGACAAUAUUCAUGCUUUAUAUAGCUUCAGAUCUUUUCAGAUUUCGAAAGUAAAAUUAGUAUGUCUGUAUGUCAGAGGAAGUCAUCAUCGGACGUGAAUUUCCUGUUUUAAAGUUGUAAUAAACGCAUUGUUACAUUAAAGGGUUGUUUCAACAUAACAAUAUUAAAUUAAUUAAUGUAGUGUGGUAAAAGGUGAUGUAUUUAUAGUGCUUUAUCUAUGUCUGCGUUGAAAUAUAUUUCUUUUAUAAUAAACAUUUUUAUAUACAGUU